ACGCCAAUGCACUGGGCAUGCUCGGGCGGGAAUGUGGAAGUCGUUCGGCUACUGGUCGAAGCGGGAGCAGACGGGGUUGCUCGCAACUCCGAUUACACUACUCCUCUUCACUUCGCUGCUGCUGAUGGGCAUGGGGAGGCGGUCGUCAAGAUUUUGCUGGCUGAGAAGGCAGAUGUCAACGCCUGCAACAAGGACCUCAACACCCCUCUCCUGGUCGCGUGCGCCGAGGGGCAUACGGCGGUCAUGAAGGAGCUGCUGCUCAACGGAGGGAAUCCUCACGCCAAGACGAAGAAGGGGGAGACGCCGUUGCACUUUGCGGUCCCGGGUGGGCACGUCAAGGCUGUUGAAAUUCUCAUAGCCGGAGGGUGCAGGUAG